CUAGCUAAGCAAAUCAAUGGGUUCGGAUUAUCAAUCCCGGAUUCCGGUCAUCAAUUUCUCGACGAUCAGUUCGGUCGAAGUGGACCGAGGAACCGAAGAGUGGUACCAUCUGUGCAAGGUGGUACGGGAGGCUUGUGAAAGUUAUGGUUGUUUUGAAGCAUUAUAUGAUAAAAUAACUAGGCAGUUACGAGCCGAGAGCUACUCAAUGACAAGGCAACUUUACAGCCUUCCCUUGGAGACUAAGCAGAAAAACUUUAAUCCAAAGCCAUAUCACGGAUACGCUGGGGGCUUUGUCCAAAUUCCCUUGUACGAGAGUUUUGGCAUUGAAGAUUCCUCCAACUAUGAAUCUGUCAAGAGCUUCACACAACUCAUGUGGCCUAAUGGAAACAGCCAGUUCUGCAACACUGUCACGGCUAUGACAAAGCGACUGGAAGAGUUGAACCAUAUAAUUGAGUGCCUUAUUCUGGACAGUUAUGGUGUAAAAGCUGAGAAAAUAUCACCCAAUUCAGUAAUAAUGGAAUGUAAGACUCUCUUAAGGGUAAUGAAAUACAGAGCUCCUCCAGAAAGGGAGGAUACGAUUGGGCUGCAUCCACAUGUUGACAAACUAAAGAGCACAAUCCUGUGUGACGACCACAUUGCUGGCCUUGAAGUUGAAACCAAAGAUGGCCAAUGGCUCAAGUUGUCCCCAUCUCCUCACUCCUACAUCUUUCUUGUUGGAGAUCCUCUUAUGGCGUGGAGUAAUGGGAGAAUGCACGCUGUGAGGCAUCGGGUGAUGAUGAGUGGAGAAAAAGAUCGUUAUUCCUUGGCAGGAUUUACAGUUCCAAUAGAAGGUACCAUUGUGAAGCCACCAAAAGAGCUUGUUGAUGAACAACAUCCCCUAAUUCUUAAAGAGUUUGAUUUCAUGGAUUUUCUUAUGUUCUCACACUCUGAUCAAGGAAGGGCCAUAGACUCCGAAAAACAAUUAUUUUCCUACGCUGGAAUAUAGCGGCCUCAUGUAAUUUCAACAAUCUAUCGUCGUCGUCGUCGUUUUUUUUUUUUUUCUUUUCUUCCUUUUUUUUUUUCCCCCUUUUCUGGUUAUGAUGAACUAUACUUUGUCUUUUACCUUUACCAUCCAUUGUUAUGUGUAUGCAAUAAAUA